AUGGUCACAGCUUCCAACAGCUCUGGUGAAGCUGUGGUCCAAUACUUCAGCGGUCAGACAGAUGAGCAACCGGAUGCCUGUGGUUCGUUUGUGAGAUUGAAGUAGGAUGAAAAUUCUAAGUUAGCUGGCAUUUGCUAGUGAGUGGAAAGUACUUUUUCGGAACGUGAGGACGUGGAGAAUUGAAAGCAGGUUAUACCGGUUUCCCGCCUUUGGUCCACUUAAAUAACGUUGGUGACCUCAACGACAUGGAUUGCGAUGAUAUCGUCUGUUAGACUGUUAACUCAAUCGACGAUUUCUGGAGAGUCUUUGUUCGUUAGUUGCGUUUGUCUCAGAGCUGUCUGUACCCUAAGCAACGCUUGAUUGUGCGAAUAACUUUCACAAAUGAAUAAUGAAAACAAAGACGAACACAAGAAAUGCGCCGUCACCGUGACCGGCUGCAGGACGUUUAAGUGUACAAACAUCUAGUUAGGUCACAUGUCUGGCGCUCGCUUCUUCCUUGUGGUAAGCUUACCGACAGUGCUCCACCGUUUUUAUCAUGUAGUUAUAGUUUUACAUGCACCGCAUCCUAAAGGUGUCAAUGAGAUAAACACGGCUUUCUAUGUAGGUUAUGUUGCUUUACUAAUUUCAAAGGUUCGACGAGUUAGCCCUUCCCUUUUGUUUAGUCACGGAAUAUGUAAAUAUACUGAUUUCCGCGUGAAUAUAAAUAAAUAUUAGGGCAAGGUGUUUUUUUCAAAUCUGAUAAUUUGUAAUUUCAUCCAUCUCAAAGUCAAAUCGUUCAAGUUUUCGAGAGCACGAGGAACCUUGUCUGAAGUAUAAAGGGGGUAAGUUUUGAGGGAAACAGUAGUGCUGUGUCGGUGGGGAAGUAUGACAAUAAUUUGGUUUUAUCAACUGAAUUGUUAACGUGAAUUGGCCACCACAAAGAGCUUAAAAGCUGACGUUUUGAGCGUUAGACCUUUGUUAGAGCGAAUGACGUUUCGUAUGCAUUUAUUAUCAUGAGAUGAAUGUCGCACGCUCUUGUUUAAAUUCUCAGUCGAAUGAAGCGCUUUUUCUGUCGAUCACGUAAUCAGCGUGUAUGUGACAGAAUCGCCAGAGGAUUGUGAAUUGCAGUGUUAUUUAGAGGAUGAUUGUAUGUCGAUCAACAUCGGAGUAAUGGGGGAUAAAACGUACUAUUGUGAAUUGAGUGACUCAGAUCAUGUUGUACAUCCUCGAGAUCUUGAAAAUCAGAAAGACGUUAUUUACAGAUCAGUACAGGUGAGAAUUUGUCGAUUCAACUGACGGAUCAAUUUUUCUGUCAAUCUUAUUCCGUAAGGGGAUGCAUUCAGAUUAGUUUUUAGAACUCUUUCGUUUCCGAAGGCCUGUAAGGAUUAAAUAUAAAUCUAGAAAAGUGAACGAACAAUCCCCUCUGGAGAAUUAACUCAUAGAACAGACAUGAGUUCUGGUUACUAUUUGUUUACAGUAUUUUGUCAUGCUCGCGAUCGAGGCAUCGGCAUUGCAUCCCUGAGUGCCACUGGUCUUCAAACAAUCAAUGACCAGUCUCAAACUCCUAGCGAGACUGUCGCUCGUGUGAGUUCAGUGGACUUUCUGAUACAGAAACCUUUGAUAUGAUAGGAGAACCCCCUCGUAUGGAAUGGCGACUAUUUUCGCCUCCUAAUUGUAAACGUGCAUGCGGUAUGAAAAGAGCUCCUACGUAGCCUACUCCGGUCCACCACAACGGCAACGUUUACUUCCAGGGGGCACCUAACGUUGCUAAUAUCGGGAUUUCAGUCGACUGAAACUUGAAGGAAAAGUAGCUUAUGGGUGCUAAAAGCAUAAUAUAAUUCUUGACUUGUAGAGAGCUCUGAACGCGACAUUUAUGCAAUGCCCAACUUAAAUACGUCUUUUGAUUGAAGGGCUGAACAUGUCGCGAGUCGUGAAUCAAAAUACACUUACUUUCGAGGAUAAACAAAAUUCACUUGGCCCCCGGGGAAACAAUGACUUGACUUUCAACUCUCACGUAAUGCAAUGCCCAACUUAAAUACGUCUUUUGAUUGGAGGGCUGAACAUAUCGGGAGUCGUGAAUCAAAAUACACUUACUUUCUAGGAUAAAAAAAAUUCACUAGGCCCCCGGGGAAACAACAACUUGACUUUCGACUCCCACAUGAUAGGGUCGUUCACCGUGAAACCGCAGCAAAUGUGUGUGCCAGCCUGCCUAUAAAAAUUAUUUUUUUGCCGUCAUUUUCGAGUUGGGUGUAUGAGAAACACUUUAAAAAAUUAAAAUUAAAGUGACUGGCCCCACGGCAAACAGUGAGGAUUGCUUUACCUUGCCCUGUCAGGGCAACAAAUUCACUGUUUCCCUUGGAGUCGGUCAUUAAUCACUUAUUUUAACAACUUUGCCAGGUGUCUACGUUAUAAUUGUCUGGAAGCGAAAGUAAACACUAUUUGUAGGGUAGUUAGAGGGCAAAAGAUGAGAAAUAAUUAGGGCAUCAGAAAAAAACAAAUGUUUCUUAGCAUAUUGGCUUCCGUUGCCAAUUUUAACGUGCACGAGUCCAAAAUAGGAACACAGAAAUACAUGUAUGGUACAGCAGAUAUAUCUACAAAUUAUGACUCAUAAAUGUACGAGUUAGAAGGUGAGAGGGAAUUCUGUCACUUUUCAUCUCUCUCUGUUGAAAUUACAUCCUGCAGCUUUUUUUUUAUUAGACGAAUUUCGCUUUGUUUGGUGGGAAAAAGUUGUCAUCGAUCCAUAAUGCGACUAAACAAUACUUAUAGAAAUCCGUGUGCAAGAGAAUUUAGGUUUGUUUCUAUUAAUGUUAAACGCCUCGACGCUUUAUUCAAAUGUAAAGAAAUGUUAAUCAGAAAUGUUAGUCGUGAUCAGUACUUCGUGUAAAGCUGACUAAUGCUUGAUUUACGUAAGGGGUUCUCAAGCUGUUUCUUUUAUUUCUUUUAAUUAUUGUCUCAAGUUUCACUAAAAAGUUGAUAAAAGAUUUUUUUCAAUAGAAAAAUACGAGAGGAGUGGAAAGAAACUGAAGGUCAGAAUAUACUGGUUUCAAGGAGUAACCAAGUCAUUCAAUUUGGAAAAAAUUGGUUAAUUUAAACUUAAAAGAAGAUUGCCUUCUAACUUUGAUAACAACAUAAUAAAAACAAUACGAGUAAUCUAGGUUUGUUUCUAGUUAAAUGCCACCACGCUUUACUCAAAUGUAAAGAAACGCUAACCCCAAGAGUCGUCAUCAGUACUUCGUGCAAAGUUGACUGAUGCAUAACAAAGUGUAAUUAACAAAAUCCUAAAUUCACAAUCAAAACUAUUUGUUGCAUCUAAGAAGGGAGAAGGGCAACAUUUGUCAUCUGUUUUUCUUUCUUUCUCAAAUUACAGGAUGAGAGGACUUCUAGUCGGUUUCCAUUUCUGUCCCGUUCUGUUGAGUGGUGUUGCUUUGUUUCUUGUGGCUUUCAGUUCGUCUUUGCACACUGACUUGAGCAGGGACGCGGUUUUCGAGAGAGUUGAAGGUAACACGUGAAUGUGUUAUACCUCCCAACACAGUGAUAUUUUUUUCCGACGGGAUGUGAACUUUUCAAGUGCCAUGAGCGAAAACUCGAAUCGGAUGGCAAAGAUUUUGGCUGUGUCACGAUAAACUUUACAUGAUCCCCUCCCCCCCAAUAAAGGAUGUGUGACAUUCUUACAAUCCCCCUCAUUGGUAGUAAAUCUCCAUUCUUCCCCCUUUGUACUCUGUUGCCAUAGCAGUUCGCCCUCAAAAAAAAUAUGGGGUCGCCCCAAAAUCGGGUUAAAACAACAGGAACUUUCUACGCGAAACUCUCCUAACUGUCAGGGCUUCCACAUUUUCACCUUUGAACGAUAUCAAGAAUCAAGAUGACCUCUUAAGACAGGGUAAUUAACUACACACAAACUGUAUUAUUAAAGUAUCCAAAAUAAACUGAGUGAUGAGAACAUGAAACACGAUUGUGUUGCUUUUUAAGGAUUUGAGCUAAUUGGUCACAUCACCAAGACAUUAUAUGCUGACGAAAUAAGCUGUGGAUUGAGAUGCCUUCAAGAUGAAUACUGCCAAUCUUACAACAGCAAAUCCGAUGGUAAUGAUGCAAAGAAGGAAUGUCAACUGAGUAAUCAAACCAAAAAAUCAAGUCCGGAAAACCUGAGGCGUAACCCAUGUUCUACUUAUUAUCAUAGAAGAGGUACUGUUGAGUAAGGUGCUUAACAUUAUGGAAAGGUUAGUGGAGGUGUGAGGGGGGGGGUUGGAGUAUUUUGAUUGUCACAAUAAAGUUUUCCUGAUCCUUCCAUAACGUUCCGAACUAUUCUAUCGAUCUUCCUCAUUGGCCGCCAAUUUUUUUUAGUCCCACCUUUAAACUCUGUUAGCGACGACUGAUCACCUCUCCGUUCCCUUUGAAAACAAUGAUAUCCCCCCCAAGACUCUACCACCCCUCCCAACUCCUCUUUCCAAGUCAAAAAUGGUGACCUAUUUCUUACUUCUGAUAAGAGCUUUUCAGAGCUCUCUUAUUUCACGUGUACAUCCAUGUAUAAUCUUUCCCGAGAGAAUAUGAAGUUUAAAAUCUCUUGCUUUUCCUUAUAAUGAUAGAUUUUCCAGAUUUUCUUUGUUUAAAUUUAAAUUUCCAAACUCAAGAGUUAUGUAAUAAUUACGCGAAAGGACCUGCUAAUGGAAUAAGACCUCUGUGGCGUGUUUUGUCUCUUAGUUCGAUCCUCUCCUCGUUCCAAAUGAUUAUUCUUUCCUUUUCCUAUGCAGAUAAACGAGGUUGGGAUUCUGCUCAUCCGGCUUUCUCCUGUAAAGAAAUUCUGGACUCUGGACACUCCAAAGGAGACGGGGAGUAUUGGAUCGACCCAGAGAAGAGUGGAAACCCUUUGAAGGUCUAUUGUGACAUGUCAAGAUAUAGUGGUAAGAGAAUGAAUUUUUGUUUUGAGACACGAAGACUUCAACAGGAGUAUAUCAGACUCGGUACAGUUGUUAUUGGAACGUUAUGGUCUUGGCUAUUCUUGCUUUCUCUACCAAGAUCCUUAUUAUGUUUUGAAUCAAAACUACAGCAGAGUUCUCGAAAGUGAUUGGCUAUCAUCAGCCGGCCGAUUUGAUCACUAACCGGACAAUGUACGCGUCAUAUUUAUAAUUGAACAGUGUAAUAGGACCGUUAAAGGGACAGUUAACGCGUCAUACCUGUGUGAGUGGACAGAACGCGUCAUGUGCGCGCCGUUGUCUCGCAUUUCGCUGAGUAAACUGUUGUUUUUCGUUUUUAUGAAAACGUAUAACCGAUGUCUGGUUUCUUUCUCAAAUUUUGUCAUAGUUUUGACUAAUUGGUAACAGGCCUUCUUGUCGUCCAAGUCUACCUGUAGUGAUACGAGUGAUUAACAAAUCGGACUCCCGCUUUGCGGUAGUGCGAUUUUGGAAAGCACUCGUAUGAUUACAGACCCAAUUGGUCCUGUUACCAUUUAUUAUGUCCAAAAUUCUAGUUACAUGGAUGUCACCAGAUAAUUUAGGUCUGUUUUAUUUUAGGAGGUUGGCUUCUGGUGUCAAAUGUUGAGUUCGGAAGUCCCUCUUCUAAGGUGUCAGUUGAGACGUCAUACCGUGGAAUAGGUAAGUCACACAUGGUUCUGCAGAAGAGUGCCAUGAAAGAGCUCAGAAGAUACUUGUCCUUCACUCAGCUGAGAUUCCACUGCCAUAAGAAACAGGGACGCACAUUCCACGUGGUCACAGCUUCAAACAGCUCAGGUGAAGCUGUGGUCCAGUACUUCAGCGGUCAGAUAGAUGAGCAACCGGACGCCUGUGGUUCGUUUGUGAGAUUGACGUGGGAUGACAAUUCCAAGUUAGCUGACAUUUGCAAAGAUUGGGGAAGAGUAAGUGGAGAGUACUUAGUUGGAAAGUGGGGACAUGGUGAAGAUCAAAACAGGCUAUACUGGUAUCCCGUCUUCAAAAGAAACAUGUAUCACCUUAGGGUCCAACUGCAUAACGUUGACGACCUCAAAAAAAUGGAAUGUGAUGAUGGCUCCGGUCACAAUGUUGACACAAACGGCGAUUUCUGGAGAGUCUUUGUUCGUUAGUUGCGUCUAUCUGUACACCAAGCAACCCUUGACUGUGCGCAGGAUAACAGUAGCAAACGAAUAAAGCAAAAUAAAAAAUAAAUGCACCGUUACACUCAUCAGGUUAUAACUAUUUUUUUUUCUUUCUAUUUCGGGGCAAGGGAAAGCAAUCUUAAUUGUUUCCCGUGGGGCCAGUCAUUUAAAUUUUUAUUGUUGAAAAUAUUUUCUGAUACAUCCCAAACCGAAUAUCACUGCCAAAAAUCACUUUUUGUAUGUAGGCUGGCACACACAUUUGCCGCGGUUUCACGGUGAACAACCUUAUCGCGCGAGAGUCGAAAGUUAAAGUUGUUGUCUCCUCGGGGACUUAGUGAAUUUUGUUUACCCUAGAAAGUCAGUGUAUUUUGAUUCACGGUGCGUGACAUAUUCAACCAUCCGAUCAAAAAACCUAUUUGAGUUGAGAGAUACAUAACGAUUAAACAACUGCUUCCUUCUAAAUAAAAGGUUGAACUAGUGACCAUGUCAACCUCAACGUUAAGUUGAAGGACUCUAAACAUGAUUGGCUAGUUGAUCGGAUCGCGAGCGUCGCACGUGAAUACUAAAAAUUCCAGAGGAAGAGGAAAGAACACUUUGCAGUUCGAAAAAAGUUCACUACUGACAUAAGAAAAUUUCAACGACCUGUUUGAUACGGUGGGAAGCCACGGAGAAAAACCAUGCUUCGCACAAGAGGUCGAGCCUAGCUGGGAAAUCUCCCGGACAAUAAAGAAAUAAUCAUACAGAUUUUGACCUUCAACCCCGCGGGGAUUGGGGGAGGGUUUUAUUCCACUUUUUAGACAUGACACGAGUUUUUAUACUGUAACCAAUCACAAUCGAAGACAUUUCAAUUUUCAAUGAAUGAGAGGUUUAUAUCAAACAUAAUAACCGGGCAUUAUAUAUGUAUAUUUUUUUCCUUUUUUGUUUUUAUCUUGUUCAGAGCUUCACACAAGUCAGGAACUAUAUUAUACUUUUAGCACCCAUAGGCUUUUGGGUUUUCAGUCGACUCAUGUGCCCCUUGGAAGAAAACGUUGUCGUUGUGGCGGACCAGGGUAGGUUAUGUAAGGGCUCUUUUCAUACCGCAUGCAGUUUACAAUUAGGAGGCUAAAAUAAUCGUCAUUCCAAACACAGGGGGUUGUCCUACCAUAUCGAAGGUCUGGUCAGGAAGUCCACUGAACUCAGACGAUCAACAAUCUCGCUAAGAGGUUGAGACUGGACAUUGCAUGUUUAAAGACCAGUGGUAUCUAUGUUCUCUCAGUGAUACAAUGCCGAUGCCUCGCGUGCAGAUUUGCUCGAUUGUUCAUGGCAAAAUACUGUAAACGAAUAAUAGCUAUGACUCAUGUUUGUUGUAUUUAGCUAAUUGUCGAGAGAGGAUUGUCCGUUCAGUUUUUAUAGUUUUUAAUUUAAUCCUUACCGGCCUUACGCCUAACCAUAGAAGAAUUCUCCAUUUUACUACCUCAAGAUAAAAUAAAAAUCUUAAAUAAAAGG